AUGGGAGGCUCUGUCUCCGUAUUCAGUCUCAAUGGGGACCAAUGGACUCUGACCUCGCCCGGCAAUGACAGUUUCCAAUCCAUCCCGGCUCAUGUUCCGUCUCAAAAUUACAUCGAUCUACACAAUGCCGGGGUCACUGAAGACGUUCUAUAUGGGUAUCAAGAGGACGACCAACAUUGGGUCCAAUAUUCCAACUGGAGUUAUAAUCACAAUGGACUCACUUUGAACAAAUCAUCUCAGCUCACGACCCACUUGGUGUUUGAGGGUCUCGAUACGUUCACCACCAUCUACUUUUGUGAUCAAGAGGUCGUCACAACCAAUAAUCAAUACCUCCAAUAUAUUGUCGACGUGACCUCGCUUUCUCAAUCAUGUUCUCAGAGUCCUGUCCCUUUCUCGAUCAACUUCGGUCCCGCUUACAACAUUUCAAUCGAGCAAGGUCUACAGGGUGACCCCAAUAUCAAAUUCGCAGACGGCUGUGAAGCAAGCGGAACCCCACCAACGUGCCGAGAGUUCAUCAGGAAGGAACAGAGCGACCAAGGCUGGGAUUGGUCACCCAACAUCUCACCCGCUGGUCCUUGGCGUAACAUUUCACUCGUUCAACUUGACACCUCUGUACCUGGAUCCAUCUAUGUCAACAAUGCCGCCAUUGAUAUCUACCGACAAGGUCAAAUGAACAAUUUGCCUCCUGAUCAGACUCAGAACUGGGUUUUUAACGCAAGUCUCGAUUACUUUGGUUCGCUCCCGACUGGUUCAGGCUUGUCUCUGAAUUUGACGGAUCAGAGUGGCAAUGUCGUCGCGUCGACCGCACUUUCUGGCAUCACUACGAACGGACAAACAAUCACUGGCUCCACAGUCAUACCUGCCUCGAGUGUGCAAUUGUGGUGGCCGAACGGCAUGGGCGCACAGACCUUAUACCAAGCGGCUAUCAGUGUCACUCCUCCCAGCGGUGUUUCAACUUUUCACCCCACUGUGGUUGAGCGUCAAGUAGGAUUCCGAACCAUUGUCCUGAAUGGAGAAACUGUAUCGGCUGCGGAUCAAGCAAAAGGCAUCGCAGGAGGUAACAAUUGGCAUUUUGAAAUCAACGGUGAAACAAUGUACGCCAAGGGUGCCGCACUCGUCCCUCUGAAUGCUCUGUGGGCCAAUGUGAACCAAACGUACGCCGAGCAGCUCUUCGAGCUCGCCGUACAGGCCAAUUUCAACAUGCUGCGAAUCUGGUCUUCUGGUGUCUAUGUCGAUGACUAUAUCUACACCCUAGCCGAUCAAAUGGGUCUCCUCAUGUGGUCCGAAUUCCAAUUCUCGGAUGGUGCUUAUCAGGGAGAUGCGGCCUCCUUGGCCAUGUACGAGGCGGAAGCAUACUACAACAUUCGUCGUAUCAACUAUCAUCCAAGUUUGGCCGUCUGGGUCGGUGGUAAUGAACUCGAAGCGGAUGAGUUACAGUUCUGGGGCGGGAAUCCUGGUAUCUUUGACCAAUACAUUGCCAUUCAAGAGCAACUCUUGAUCAAAUGCGUCUACGCCAAUACCCGUGGAAUCAGUUACAUCCCUUCUUCGCUAUACAAUGGAUACAUCGCUUUGGACUUUGACUCUGUCACGCCUCAGACGCCCAGAUACCACAAUUACACAUCCCCAACUUAUUACUACAACGAUACUGAAGGCUAUCUCGGAUCAGCCUCCCAAGCCUUCCAACCGAAUCAGUACGGUUCCACCCGAUUCAUGGUCGAGUUUGGCUGGAACUCAUUUCCCACGGCUGAUGUUUUGGACAACAUUGGCGAGAAUAUUGAUUCGUGCUACGACCCCGUGAUCAUCUACCACAACCGCCACGAAGGUGCUUUCUUCGGUCAAGUCUUGCCACCCGUGGAGAACAGUAUCAAGGGAAUCGACCAGGAACUGAGCGGUCAAGUCAUGUUUUACCCGGUACCUGAGAUCGAAGACCCAGCAGCCAACUUCACAGCCUGGAUCUAUGGCUCUCAGGUGUUCCAAGCCGACAUCAUUUCUGACCAGAUUGCCUUGUACCGACGAGACUCUUCUCAACCUCAGAGGAACCUCGGUACUCUCAUCUGGAUGUUCAACGAUGUCUGGAUCGCCCCAACUUGGUCAGCGGUCACUGCCAACCUCAAAUCCAAGACCCUGCUCUACUCUGCCAUGGACAUCUACUCGCCCGUCAUCGUCCGAUCAUACUAUGACCAGACUCAAGACAACCUUCAAGUCUGGGUCACAUCGGAUCAAUUCUUCCCCGUGACUGGUCAAGUCACGUUCCAAUGGAUGGAUUGGUCAGGCGAGAACAUCACAGCGCCCGUUCCUUACAAUUGUGACAACACCCCAGUCACCAUCGGAGCGGUCAACUCGACGAAGGUCUACGACCUUCCAAGCGCCAUGCAAACAUUCAUCAAGCCCAAGGUUGAUCCUUCAACUGUGGUCGCUAGGCUAUCGACGACUGUGUCAGGUAACGGACAGACCUUUACACACGAGUCAUGGUAUCACCCUGUUCCCUUGAACAAUGCCACAUUGGCCGAUCCCCAGCUCACACUCGCCAAAGGAUCCAACAGCAACACCUUUACAGUUUCUGCGCCUUCCGCGGUGGCAGUCUGGGUCGUCCUCGACUUCGACUCUCACCUGGUCUCUGGGUACUUCUCCGAUAAUGGCUUCUGGCUCGCCAAAGGAGAGUCAAAAACUGUCAGCUUCACAGUCUGGAACGACUGGACUGGCGAUGGCAGCUGGCAAUCGAGUGUCACCGUCAGAAGCAUGUACGACAACGUUGCCAACAGGCAAUACGCUGCGACGCUGGGCUGA